AUGCAUCUGUCUUUGUUGUGGCUUACCUUGGGUCUUGCCCUUAUCGUAGGGGCGAACCCAGUAAACCCAGGCUCGCCGAAAUCAGAAAAGCCAGGGUCGUCGAAACCAGUAAAGUCAGGCUCAAUCAAUGAAGGCGACUCGCGUCUUCGCUGUGGCGUUGUUGCGUUUGAACCUAAUGGCCAUGUCUGGAUGGUUGCUUCCAAGAAAGACGGUUACAUCCUGCCGAAGGGUGGAUUUGACGAAGACAAAGAUAAAGAUUUGGAAGACUGUGUAGUACGCGAGGCCAAAGAGGAAGCCGGUGUUGUCGUCGAUCGUGAUUCUAUUGAAUCUCUUGAUGAUGUCAAAGACGGCUCGGUGCACUGGUUCAAGUGCACAGCAUUGAGCCACGGAGCCCGUACUGACCCUGAACUGGCCAAACGCAAACCACCAAAGGCAUACUCCGUCGCAAAAGCAUGGAAACGGCUCAAGGAAGGCUAUCUCUCGCGAAGAUCUGGCGACGCAAUCUGCGCUCUGGAAAGUUAA